AUGCCGAGCGCGAAACUCGCAUUCGGGAUGCUUGCGCUCGGGCUGCUCUGCGCAACACAUCUGGCGUCCGCUCAAGAUGCAUGCACCGUCUGCACUUGCAGCAGCAAGAAGCUAUACUCAUGUCAGUCUUCGCUCACUCAGGUUCCCAUCAACAUCCCAGCCAAUACCAUUGACAUCGAUUUGUCUGGCACUGCCAUUACCAGUUUUACCGCAGCGUCGUUUUUUAAUCUGAGCAGUCUGACGUCAAUCUCUAUCUCAGGAGGACAGGGGCUAACAAGUAUCGCCAGCGAUGCAUUUCAAAACCUGACACAACUGCGGACGAUGCUUCUUUGGCUCGACGGUCGUGUCAACCUUGAUUCUUCAAACGCCCCCAUCAGCACUUUGCAGCUAUAUUAUUCCACGCCCGUCGUGCUUUCAGCAAACACAUUCACUAAUUUCAACAGUCUUACCUAUCUAUCGUUGCGCGAUGCUUCGAGCAUGGAGGAUCAUGCGUUGGCUGGGUUGCCAAGUUUGUUUGAGCUAGUGCUGACGGGCUCUUUGACAUCAGUCGCUGCUGCCGUCCAGGGCGUGAGCCCAUUGGAAGAUGUUUCCUCCUCUCUCCAAAUGCUUACCAUUGCUGAGUCAAACGUUGCAAGUAUUUCAGAUGUCGGAUUCAACAGUUUGACGAAACUAAAGCAACUGGUUAUUCAAACCAGUAGAAUCACCAGCAUUUCGAGCAACGCGUUUGCUGCCCUGACCUCUCUCACCUCUCUCACCCUGAACAGCAACCCAAUCACGAGUAUUCAUGCUGAUGCCUUCGCUGGGAUCACCAGGCUCCAAGCAUU